CUCUUCUACAUCCCAAUCCCGACACUCAACCCAAAGUCCAAAAAUUGAACCCAAUUUUAAACAUAAAAAACUGCACAAACAAUCUCUAGAUAUCAUCGCCUAUAUCUAUCUCUCUAUACCAACUCCUUUCAAAGCGAAAAACCAAAGGGAAAUUCGGUUAUACAACAAGGAGGUUGCUGGAUUUCGUUUCAUUUGAAGCAUCAAAAUGAAGUCAAAUUGUUCUAGUUUGACGAAUCUGUGAAGGAAUUCUUGGAUUCUUCUUGCGAUUUCAGUUUAUUGGAUCAUUCCCUCUUCUGGGUUGAGGGUUUUAGUUCACUCAAGAGUAUACCUCUGCUUGUUUGAAUGAUUUCUUGAUCUAGACAGUAGUACAAGAAGUUGGAAGUUCAAACAUUUUGGAGGAUUUGGAAUAAUCCAAAUUGGUUCUGUGAGAAUAUUUAAUUCAUUUUGGAACGAUAGAAGUUUUCGGGUGUUCGAUUUCAUGGUUAAUAGCAUAAAAGAUUGUCGGGUUUUGAUGAACUGAAAUCAAGAAUCGAUAACCAUUCGGUUUUUGGAAUUUAGGGUUUUUUUAGAGAAAGAUCAGAUGAUAAGUAGAGUUGGAAGUUACCUUUCUCAAAGUGUAUAUUCUGUUGCCACCCCAUUUCAUCCGUUUGGUGGGGCCGUUGACAUAAUUGCCGUUCAACAACAAGAUGGAUCUUUUAGGAGCACCCCUUGGUACGUUAGGUUCGGGAAAUUUCAGGGUGUUCUUAAAGGGGCGGAAAAGAUAGUUAAAAUAGAAGUUAAUGGGGUUUUAGCUGAUUUCCAUAUGUAUCUUGAUAAUUCAGGUGAAGCUUAUUUCAUUAAGGAGGUUGCCCCUGAUAAAGAUAACAACACUGUUAAGGAUUCUAACGGUUUAUUAGAGUCUAGAGAAGAUGAUUCCAACCACUCUAAGAAUGACAUUAAAAACACUAGCGUAGAGGUUCAGUUUCGUGAUGAUAAUGCGGAGAGUACGGAAUCCGAUAGUGAAAAAAGAUUUUAUGAACUUCAAGAUGAACAAUCGUCGUCUCUAGAUGAUGAUUUAGAGUUAUCAGAUUAUGGGUCUAAUCGGUUUGAAAAUUUAGACGGUGUGGAUCAUUAUGUGGAAUCACAAAAUCUGAGUUCGGAAGUGGUUUUGUUCAGCAUCGAUGGUCAGAUUUUGUCGGCUCCCAUUACGUCCAUGGAAGAAAAUACGGAGAAUGUGCAAUUAAGCACACCUCAGUUCCAUUUGGGACCGAUUGAAGGACCUGAAUUCGAAGGUGAUUUGGAGUUCAGUAAUGAAUCUACGUGGGCUCAUUAUUUAAGCGAUUUAAACAAACCGAAAGACAAAUGUAGCGAUAAAAAUGUCUCCAUGAUUAACGAUGCUCAAAGUGUAGUGAGUUUAGAGCGAGAAUUAUCUAUAAAAGGUGAAGAUGCGAAUGGUGAUGUUAAGAAAGAUGUUUUUAAGAGCUGUUUGGCACUAAAUGAUUUGGGAAUGCAAGAAGAUAGCGCCAUUCGUGAAGUAGAUGUCGAAGGAUUGCAAGAAGUGAGUGAAACUGAAGAGGGGGUAUCUUCAAAGUCCGAAAGCUCCAAAAAGGUCGAUUCUUUAAAUUCAGUGGAUAAUGAAAACGGACUUUCUGAUGUUGCAAUUGUUAGUGAUCAAGAUCGGGUAGAACCCUCUACUGACGGGGUUGAAAAUAGUCCAAAAGAACCGGAAACCGAAGAUGGGUGCACGACAACUACAAGCAUAACUGAGGAGCCUCAAUCGUAUUCCAAUGAUAACGAAAAAUUUGAUGGGCCAAAACGCACAAGGAUAGAAAUAUCACUUUGUGGGAAUUUGCUUCAAGCUGGUAUGGGGUUGAAUGCAGCUGCUGAAUCUUUUGACGCCCACCGUAUACCUGAGGAGGAAUUUCGAAUUUCUGCAGCAUCAAUCGUAAAAAACGACAGUUUAGUGGUCAGAAUCGAAGAUAGAUACUUUACGUGGGAUAAAGCUGCUCAUAUUGUUCUUGGAAUGGCUGCAUACGGUUUAGAAAUGCCGGUUGAGCCAAGGGAUGCGAUUCCCGUGGAGUGGAAUGGGCUUACGGAAGACACUGGGCUGCCAUCGACUCCAUCUGGUCGUAGAUGGAGGCUGUGGCCCAUUCCGUUCAGAAGGGUUAAGACACUUGAGCACAAUGCGAGUAACAUUUCCAGCGAGGAUGUUUUUCUUGAUUCCGAAUCUGUCUUUGAAUCCCCACGACCGGCGGAAACGAUGACUCCAACUUCAUCGCAAUCUCCUCAGAAGCAAUUUAUUAGGACACAAGUUCCCACUACUGAGCAAAUAUCUUCGUUGAAUUUAAAAGAUGGGCAAAAUAUGGUGUCUUUUAUUUUUUCGACCAGGGUUUUGGGAGUUCAAAAGGUUGAUGCUCAUAUUUACCUGUGGAAGUGGAAUGCAAGAAUCGUGAUAUCAGAUGUUGAUGGGACGAUCACCAAGUCUGAUGUUCUUGGUCAGUUCAUGCCGUUAGUUGGGAAAGAUUGGACUCAAUCUGGGGUAGCUCGACUCUUCUCUGCUAUAAAGGAGAACGGAUAUCAACUACUUUUUCUAAGUGCUCGUGCGAUCGUUCAAGCAUAUCUGACAAGAAGCUUUCUACUUAAUCUCAAGCAGGAUGGAAAAGCUUUACCUAAUGGUCCGGUUGUUAUUUCACCCGAUGGCUUAUUUCCCUCGUUGUUCCGUGAAGUUAUCAGAAGAGCACCUCAUGAAUUCAAGAUUGCGUGUUUAGAAGAUAUCAAAGCACUUUUUCCGGCCGACUACAAUCCGUUCUAUGCGGGGUUUGGUAACAGAGAUACCGACGAGCUUUCUUACAGGAAAAUGGGGAUUCCGAAGGGCAAAAUCUUCAUAAUUAAUCCUAAGGGUGAGGUGGCCAUUAGUCAUCGUAUCGACAUGAAAGGGAAGUCUUACACCUCUUUGCAUACGUUAGUCAACGACAUGUUCCCCCCGACAUCGAUGGUCGAGCAGGAGGAUUAUAACUCGUGGAAUUAUUGGAGAAUGCCGUUGCCGGAUGUUGAUUUGUAGUAGUUUCGUGCACAGAAUCGAUGCGGGUUAGGCGGCUUGUCGUUUGUGUAGACUCGAGGUAGUUACAUUGGUGGGAAUCGUUCAUGAGAAUAGGCGUAACUUGUAACCGAUUGAUCGAUCGAGUUUUGGAAGCUCUUGUAGUUUCUCCCGUUGUUACAGAGCGUCGGGCAUGGUUCAUAUGGUGACGGGAUUCAACGAACCGAUCUGGUAGUUUUUCGUUUGUAAAUCGACUUUAGUUGAUGAAACUUGGGUACUUAUAAACUGUUGGAAUGUUUCUAAACCAACAUUAUAAACAAGCAAAUAAAAGGGUUUUUCAUUUUCUAUU